AUGGAACCCCUGGUUUCGACCCGCCCACCACUCUUCUUCUUCGCCCUCUUGUUCUCCGCCAUUGUCAUUUCCCCAGUCAGAUCAGGCGACGCGGAAGCCCUAUUAGCCCUGAAAUCCGCCGUCGAUCCUUCCAACUCCCUCCCCUGGCAGCCAUCAGCAAGCCGCAAUCUCUGCAGCUGGGAAGGGGUCAAGGAAUGCAUCAAUGGCAGGGUCACCAAGCUCGUGGUAGAGUACCGCAACUUGAGCGGCGUCCUCGACGCCAAAAUCUUGAACCAAUUGGACCAGCUCCGGGUUCUCAGCUUCAAGGCCAACUCCAUUUCAGGCCCGAUCCCCAGCCUCUCCGGCCUAGUCAACCUCAAGUCGUUGUUCCUCAACCAGAACAACUUCACCGGCGAGUUCCCUGAAUCGCUCACCGAUCUCCACCGCCUCAAGGUCGUCGUCCUGGCCAGAAACCGUCUCUCCGGACCAAUCCCCGACUCGCUCUUGAAGCUCAAUCGGCUGUACGUACUUUAUCUGGAAGACAAUGACUUCUCCGGUUCGGUCCCCCGUCUCAAUCAAACCAGCCUCCGGUUUUUCAAUGUCUCUCGCAACCGACUCUCCGGCCCGAUUCCCGUCACGCCUGCUUUGGUCCGGUUCGAUGAGAAGUCGUUCUCCGGCAAUGCCGAUCUCUGCGGCGAACAGAUCGGGAAGCGCUGCUCGGAAUUGAGUCCUUCCCCGAGCCCUGGUUCCGCAGCUGGUUCAAAAUCAUCGCCGUCGAAGCGGCGGCGGAGCAAGCUGAUCAGGAUCAUUGCUCCAAGCGCGGCCGGAUUGGUGGUUUUGAUCCUGGUGGCGGCGGUGCUUGUUUUGUGCCUGGUUCGGCGGAAUGGGAAGGCGAAAGAGAAUGCGGAAGCGAAAGGCAGAGAGAGCGGCGGGGGAAGCUUGGAAGGAGGAGGCGGCGGAGGCGGCGGAGAGAGCGGGGGGCCCAGUGGUGGAAGACAAGGGGGUUUUUCGUGGGAGAAAGGGGAGAGCAUGGGAACACUGGUGUUCCUCGGCGCAGGGGAUCAGGUGAUGAGUUACAGUUUGGAGGAUUUACUCAAGGCGUCGGCGGAGACGCUGGGGAGGGGCAGCGUGGGGAGCACGUACAAAGCAGUGAUGGAAUCCGGGUUCAUCGUGACCGUGAAGAGGCUGAAGGAUGCGAGGUAUCCGACGGCGGAGGAGUUCAGGAGGGAGAUGGAGGUGAUCGGACGGCUGAGGCACCCUAAUCUGGUCCCACUCAGAGCCUAUUUCCAGGCUAAAGAAGAGAGACUGCUCGUCUACGAUUAUUUCCCCAACGGCAGCCUUUUCUCUCUCCUCCACGGACCAAGAGCCUCAGGAGGAGGAGGGAAGCCAUUGCACUGGACAUCAUGCAUGAAGAUAGCAGAGGAUCUAGCAACAGGACUCCUCUACAUCCACCACAACUCACUAACCCACGGCAACCUCAAAUCCUCCAACGUCCUCCUCGGCCCCGACUUCGAAUCCUGCCUCACCGACUACUCCCUCGCCGCCUUCCAAGACCCAAACUCCCCCGACGAGCCCAGCGCCGCAGCUCUCUUCUACCGCGCGCCGGAGGUAAGGGACGCGCGCAAGCUCCCCACCACCCAAUCGGCCGACGUCUACAGCUUCGGCGUGCUGCUGCUGGAGCUCCUGACGGGGAAAACACCCUUCCAGGACCUGGUUAUGCAGCACGGCGCCGACAUUCCCACCUGGGUCCGCUCCGUCCGUGACGAAGAGACGGAUUCAGGGGACGACCCGGCUUCUUCGGGCAACGAAGGUGGCGCCGAGGAGAAGCUGCAGGCGCUGGUGGGCGUGGCGAUGGCGUGCGUCUCGAUUCGUCCGGAGGAUCGGCCGUCGAUGAGGGAGGUUUUGAAGAUGAUAAGGGACGCGAGGUCGUCGGAGGCGCAGGUGGUGUUGUCGUCCAAUAACAGCAGUGACCAUUCCCCUGGGAGGUGGUCGGACACCGUGCUGAGCUUGCCCAGAGAAGACCAUUUGAGCAUUUGA